UUAAAAAACAUGCCGCGUCAUCCUCCUCCUCCCAUUUCCUGUCGCCUUGUUUGUCUUUUCCUGCAGUAGUAACAUCCACUUGUUGAUCACAUAACCUGUGUGACGCAAAAAGAAAAAUAGCAUUUCUGUUGCAUUUUUGUGAACUGCAGUAAUUUUGAUAUGGCCACUAGAACCAUUUCUUCCUAGCGCAAAAACAUUAUAUCAAUGGAAGAGUAGCUAGUGAUGGUAGGAAGACCAGCCUCCUCCAGGAUGUUUGUGUGUCUCUCCUCCCGGAUAAUCUUGAUAACUUUCCAGAGAUACCUCUGAUGAAAUGUCACAAAUGCCUGAAGUCUUUCCAGGAUGCUAGACCAGAAAUUUUUUGACCUGGCAAUGGGUAUUUUGGUUUUCAAAAACCCUUUUCUUGAGUCAUAUUACAUAUUAGUAGAGCAAGUAAAUCUCUUCAUACAGAUUGUAUUCACCUGUAUAGGGGUGUAGUAUGGCAUGUAUUUCUGAAGAUUGUGUGUAUAUUAUUGUUUUUUGAGCAUUGCUGAUUGGAUUUAGACUGAGAGUGCUCCAGGUAGAUGUUUCCUUUUUGGAGCGAUUGUCUGGUCUGCUUCUGAUUGGCUGGUCUGUGCAGGUGUUGAGCUGAAGACGACAUGCAGCCAAAACCUUGCCAACAUCCAAGGGAAAGAAAAAGGAUAAUGAAGUGCUUGUUAUCUAUUUUUUGAUAAAUCUCUCAGAGACUCAAAAAAUACCUUGCAAUAUGAUAACUGACAACUCUUUUUUUUUUUUACUUGCCUUUUGACCUUUUUUGCUCCUUCCACACUUCACAUUUGAGAGUUUUGUCUCAUGGCUUCAAUUGUUUUACUGUUUUCCAAUGAAAAAUUGUUGUGACACAAUAAUUUCUAUAUCAAACCAGAAUGAAAGUCAAAAUUACCCAAUUCACCCAAACAUGCAACACAAACAUAUCUAUCAAUGCCAAGAAAGCUGUUAGCACAGAGCUAAACAAGAAAACGUAUCCAGCCCUUUGUGUGCAGGGUUUUCUUAAACAUACCGCUGUUGAGUGUUAUAUGUCUACAUCCAGCAUGAUUUGAAUAUAAAGAUUUGAAUAAAGGCAGCAACUGUCCAUUUAUCGAGAUUGCUCAGUUCAUUAUUGUACGUGGAGCAGCGAUGAGCAAGUCGACAGGCUGCUGCCAGGGCUUUCUACAUUAUGUGUUUGACUACGAAACGCCAAAAACUCUGAUUAUUCCCAGCAUACGUGUUGGAUUUGUCUUCAGGUUCACGCAGUUCUUGGUGCUGCUGUAUGUGGUGGGGUAUGUGUGUGUGGUGCAGAAAGCGUACCAGGAGACAGACUCCGUCAUCAGUACUGUCACGACUAAAGUGAAGGGCUUUGCCUUUACCAACAUCUCCGACAUGGAGCCUCGUUUUUGGGAUGUGGUGGAUUACAACAUCCCCCCACAGGGGGAUGGUUCAUUCUUCGUGUUGACGAACGUGGUCAUGACCCCCGGGCAAACCCAGUCACGCUGUGCUGAGCUUCCAAACCCUUCCACUACCUGUGAGGACGACUGUGACUGUGUGGAGGGAUACAAUGAUCCUCGGGGGAAUGGUAUACGGACAGGACUGUGUGAAAACUAUUCCUCCAUUGUCAAGACCUGUGAGGUUCUCUCCUGGUGUCCCCUGGAAAUAGACACCAAACUGCCCAAGCGAGCACUUCUGGCGGAGGCUGAAAACUUCACUGUGCUGAUCAAAAAUAGCAUCACCUACCCAAAGUUCAACUUUCACAACAAAAAUGCUUGUCUUCCCUCCUCCAGAAGAAACAUACUGUCUCACAUUAACUCCACGUAUCUGAAGACGUGCGAGUUCAACCGCAAAACAGACCCCGACUGUCCCAUCUUCCGCCUGAAGCACAUCGUCUCUGAGGCCGGAGAGGACUUCCAGGACAUGGCUGUGAAGGGCGGUGUCCUGGGUAUUCUUAUUGACUGGAGCUGCAACCUGGACUGGUGGGGAAGGAAGUGUUAUCCCAAGUACACCUUCCGCAGGCUGGACAACAAACAUCCAGACAACAAUGUGGCCCCAGGGUACAACUUCAGAUUUGCAAAGUACUACAGGACGGCAGAGGGAGAGGAAGUAAGAACGUUGAUCAAAGCGUACGGGAUCCGUUUUGACGUCAUUGUGUUUGGAACUGCGGGAAAAUUUGGAAUUGUACCAACCAUAGUGAACCUGGGCGCAGCUUUGUCCUUUCUGAGUUUGGUUCCCAUGGUUGCAGACUGGUUCAUGUUGACCUGCAUGAAGAAGAGAGAUCUUUAUAGCAGACAGAAAUCAACCUAUCUGGUUGAGGAAUCUGAGGUCGAAUCGGCAUCAAUGAGCACAACGUAUGGAACCCAGUAGCAGCCCAAAGUCAGCAUGAGAAUACAUUUUCUUCACAUAAUUUCAUUGUAUCCCUAAAAAUGUCACAAAUAGACUGUUAAAAGCCUUAAAUAAAACUGUUCACGUGUGUAAAGGGAAAGCUGGUGAUUUUUGUGCUCCAUCUCCCUCUUGACCCUGCAACAAUAAAGCAAGAAUAAAUAAAUGAUGAAAUGUUGUUUUCAAAAGAUUCUUUAAAAUCUUUUACAUCUUUUUAAAACUGUGUUGCAUUCAGAAUUCAAAUCAGGUUGUAGAGUGCCCCAAAUAUACUUCACAUUCAGGUAUUAAUAAACAGAACUCAAAACCAUUUUCUCUGUAAA